CCCAGCUACCCCGAGUCCGAUCUUCAGACUCCUGCGGAGACCCAGGCCGCCGCCGGCCGAGCCCACCUCCGGCGCACGCAGCCCGGGCCCACGUCACCCGCCAAGCUUGACCUUGGGUCGGGACCCCGCGGGUGGGACGGCGGUACCCGGGAAGAACCGACUUCGAGCCUCUUCUCUCGGUCUCCAAAGCAGGCGGCGCUGCGAGAGCGCGGGCCGCGCCCUCCCGCCUCCUGGCGCUCCCCAUGCACCUGCCCGGCUGCGCCCCCGCCAUGGCCGACGGCAGCUUCUCGCUUGCCGGCCACCUGCUCCGCAGCCCGGGAGGAAGCACCUCGAGGCUGCACAGCAUAGAGGCUAUCCUGGGAUUUACCAAGGACGACGCGAUCCUCGGUUCCUUCUCGGCGGAGCCGGGAGCCCGGGGCGCGAAGGAGCGGGACAGGAGGCCGGGCGCGCGGGCCGCCUGCCCCAAGGCGCCCGGGGGAGGCGGUGAGCCCUCCCCGCAGUCUGCCCCGGCGCCUGCUCCGGAGUACGAAGCUCCUCGACCCUAUUGCCCCAAGGAGCCUGGGGAGACGCGGCCGUGCCCCGGGCUGCCGGUCGGUCCCGCCACCGGCGACGCGAAGCUGUCGGAGGAGGAGCAGCCCAAGAAGAAGCACCGGAGGAACCGCACGACCUUCACCACGUACCAGCUCCACGAGCUGGAGCGCGCGUUCGAGAAGUCUCACUACCCCGACGUGUACAGCCGCGAGGAGCUGGCCGGCAAGGUCAACCUGCCCGAAGUCCGGGUCCAGGUAAAGCGCCCAGAUCGGUCCCCGGGAGGGCCCCAAAGCCCAAGCUGCAGCCGAGGCUCCGCUGAAUCCCCGGACGUGCACGCCUUUAUUGCGGCGCUCUUCCCAUUGGUCUUCCUCGCCCUGGCUCCCCCAGAGCCUCGGAGGAGCGUCACCCAUCUCGCGGGUGCCCCACCACCGCCCCUGGCACAGUCCGUUCCAGUUUGUAGGAGCAUCUCCCUUUUGGGGGUCUCCCUCUUCGACCUAAAGCGAGCACUAAGACCCGGCUGGCCAGAUGAAGAGCGACAGCUCAUUAGACGCAGCCAGGAUUGGGGCGGGAGGCGGUGUGGUUCCAGAACCGACGGGCCAAGUGGCGGCGGCAGGAGAAGCUGGAGGUGUCUGCAGAGCCUGCCGGGCUUCGGGCCGCCGGCGCAGAGCCUGCCCGCCAGCUACACGCCGCCGCCGCCGCCCCCGUUCCUGAACUCUCCGCCGCUGGGCCCCGGCCUGCAGCCCCUCGGGCCGCCGCCGCCCGCCUACCCGUGCGCGCCGGGCUUCGGGGACAAGUUCCCCCUGGACGAGGCAGACCCGCGCAACAGCAGCAUCGCGGCUCUGCGCCUGAAGGCCAAGGAGCACAUCCAGGCCAUCGGGAAGCCGUGGCAGGCCCUCUAGGGGGCCCGGGGACCAGAUCGGGCCUGACCACCGUCCUGGGAACCGACCCGGACCCGCAGGCGCGCGCCCUUUCCCCCCGGGUUCCCCACACCGCCACCCUCCCGAGUUGCCUGAAGCUGCAGCCAGGCUUGGGUCUCAGACGCGCGUCUGCUCCUGGCUCGCCAGGAAGGACUGACCUUCCGGCCCGACGAGGCCCUCUAGCCACCCCCCCCCCACGGACCCCCAGCCCUGCUGCUGGAGGGGGGGAAGAGGAGGCCCGGGCCCUUGGGGUUCAGGGGACCCAAAGCCCCUGACCUCGGCCGCUCUCGGGCGGCGUGGCUACCCCGGAAAACGACAACUGGG